AUGAACAUUGGCGCUACAUUCCCCAAGAAUACGGUCUACUUGCGCCUAGGACUACGUGGUGUGCAACUCAUUUGCAGUGUCCUGGCUUUGGCUUUUGCGGCCUCGGGCUUUUAUGGCGGUGGCGCCUCGCACUCGAGUACCUUUGUGCUACUUAUGGGCUACACUGGUAUGCUGUACACGCUGUGGCACCUUGUGGCGGUAGAGAUUAUUCAUCUUUCUAGCCGUCCAGCGCUUCGCUUGGAACAAGGCAUGGAUGCACUGAUGGUCCUCUUGUUACUUAUCGCCGGCAUUAUUCUUGCAGCGUCAGAUUAUACACGCCAUUGUGGCUUUGGAUGGCACUGCCGCAACCUGCGAGCUGCGACAGCCUUUGAUUUCAUCGCCAUGUUUUUCUUUUUGGUGUCGCUUGCUCUGACGUUCCUGACAGCGAAUAAGCCGUUCAACGGACCAACGGAUGUGCAGGUGGAAGACCCUGUGCCGUACCAUCAGAGUGUCACGCCUACUGCUGGCGCGUUGUCUCCCGACGGCAAUCCAUACGGUGGAUCUGCUUCUAGGGUUUAA